UGUGGGAGGCGGAUGCUGCUUCGAGGGGGCUCCAGAAUCAUCUGCAGUCGCUUUCCUGAACAUGUUCAACUUCUUAGAGAUGGGUAGCUGAGGUGUAACCCAGUUGACCUCCAGCUCUCUUCCUAGCAACUCUUUGAGGUGGUGGACAUGUGGAAGUGAAGUACUUAAGAGAAUGGAGACAGAAGCAGCUGAAAAUAACAUGUACUUCACUUUUGGAGUCAUAGCCGAUAUCCAAUAUGCAGAUGUACAGAAUGGCCAGAACUAUGCAAGGACAAGAAACCGUUACUAUAGAAACAGCCUCCGUUUGUUGCGCAAUGCCAUCAAAGAAUGGAAUGAAGAGCCUGUUGCUCCCAAGUUUAUUCUGCAGCUUGGUGAUAUAAUUGACGGAUGCAAUUCACAGAUAAAGGCCUCAGAAGAAGCACUUCAAACAGUAAUAAAUGAGUUUAAGAAUUGCCUGUCUCCAGUGCAUCAUGUCUGGGGAAACCAUGAAUUUUACAACUUUGACAGGAAGCAAUUACUGAAAUCUGUUCUCAAUAGCAAGCACCUGGAAGGUGACAUAGUAUCGGGUAAUGUGCCUAGUAUCAAUAUUAAGACUGAGAUUAACCCUGAUGAUCCUGAGGCAUUUUAUGGCUAUCAUUUUAGUCCCUUUCCAAAGUUUCGGUUUGUAAUAACUGACGCAUAUGACCUCAGCAUUCUCGGGAGGAGAAGGAACAGUAAGAAACACAAUAAAUCUGUACAGAUCCUGAAAGCAAACAACAAAAAUGCAAACCCCAAUAGCCCAGAAGGCCUUGCUGGACUGAAUAUUCGCUUUUUGGGAUUUAACGGAGGUUUCAGUCAAGAGCAGCUAGAAUGGCUAAAUGCUGUUUUAGAUUUCUCCGAUCAGAACCAGGAAAAGGUAACAGUCAUUGGUCACCUUCCUGUCCACCCAGACUCUACGGAUCCAAUGUGUGUUGCCUGGAACUUUAAUGAGAUGCUUUCGAUGCUCCAGGCACACACUAGUGUGGUAUGCUUCAUAGCAGGACAUGAUCACGAUGGUGGCUACUACUUGGACAGCUGUGGAAUUCAUCAUCUUACCUUUGAAGGCGUGAUUGAAACAUCAGCAGACAGUCAAGCAUUUGGUACAGUUCAUGUAUACGAAGACAGAAUGAUCCUUAAGGGAAGGGGAAGGAUUCCAAGGAGAGUUUUGUGGUACAGAGAAAGAUAAAUUAAUGGAUUUGUGUUGCUUUGUAGUCUGGCAGUUGAGUGGUACAAUGUAGUAUCUGCAGCAUUGGGUUGGGAUGGCCAUCUGACAUUUAUUUGCACAAAUUUGCCUUGAAUUAUUGGCUGCAAUUUUUAACCAAACUCAAACACCUUAGCACUUCAUUAGUUGUAGAAGACAUUCUCCAAAGGAGAAUUUUUACAAGGCCCUUAAAUUUUCACAGGGUUAAAUAAAAGAUAGGGAAAACCUGAGCAAUUACACCUUUUAUGAUUUCUGGCAUUUGAUUCAAUUUGAGUUUGCAUCACUGUGAAUUCCGGGUGUCAUUUUGGAUUCCUAAACUGAAUUAUUAUAUCAAUUUCUUUCCUAAAAUGUUUUAUAGUCAGUGAAAUCUUCAUGGUGUAAUAUGGGAAACAGAGAAACCAUUUCCAUUUAUCAGCAAUAGGAUCAUCUGCUUUUUUUUGUGAUGUUAAAGAAGGAAUAUGUUUUUGCCAGAAUACCUUUGAUCAUGACUUCGCAUAUUUACGUUGUUCUGAGGAGAGUUUUGGAUAGAGCAGGGGUUCCCAACCCUUUUUAUGCCAUGGACCCCUGCCAUUAACCGAGGGGUCUGUGGACCCCAGGUUGGGAACCCUUGGAUUUGAGUGUUAAAUGUUAUCUUAAUAUAUUGAUUUGGAUAACAUUAUUGGUAUUAUAUGUUUAACAUUCAAAUGCAUCGGUAAAGCUAGCCAUGAUGUUCAUGGCAACACAACUCCGCAUCAUAUUAAGUGUAUUGUAAAAUUUCAAAACAUUUUUGCAAGAUUUUACAAAGUAUUUAAGAUUGUGUAAUUAAUUAUAAUGAAGUACCUUGUGUUACAGCUGCUUUUGCACUUUUAACGAUUUUACACAGCAUUUGACUCAUGCUGGUGUUGUCUCCUUUCUGUAUAACUUGAUUGGAACAGUUUUGUGGUUUCUUUAUAAACGUGCCUAGUUUGCCCUGGCCCUGAAUACCCCCCCCCCCCCCCCCAACA